AAAUUAAAUGUCGUAGGGGAGUGUCGUCGCAGUCGUUGCGAAUUUCAAAAGUGCUCGAAAAAGAGACCAUGUCUUCACGGCAAGGAACAUUCAAAAACCCAUUCUCCAGACCGUGGAUGUCGGAGACAGGUGCAGCGGCUGCGGCUGGUGGUUCGGGUUCAGUAGGCUUAAAAGGAGUUGUAGCCGGCGGGAUAACAGGAGGCAUUGAAAUUUGUAUUACAUUCCCAACUGAAUAUGUAAAAACACAACUGCAAUUGGAUGAAAAAGGUGGUACCAGAAAGUAUAACGGUAUAGCGGACUGCGUCAAGAAGACAGUGAAAGGACAUGGUUUCUUCGGGCUUUAUAGAGGUCUCAGCGUGUUGCUAUACGGAUCGAUACCGAAAUCUGCUGUCAGAUUCGGUGUCUUCGAACAGGCCAAACUGUACAUGGUUACCGACAACGGUACCCUGACGACCACCGGUAAGCUGGCCUGCGGGCUGGCUGCCGGAGUGGCCGAGGCGAUCUUCGCCGUCACGCCCAUGGAGACUGUGAAGGUGAAGUUUAUAAACGACAUGCGCCUAGAGAAGCCCAGGUUCAAAGGUUUCUUCCACGGCGUCAGGACUAUUGUUAGGGAGGAAGGUGUCGGAGGUGUAUACAAGGGUGUCUCGGCAACCAUCAUGAAGCAGGGCAGCAACCAAGCCAUCAGGUUCUUCGUUAUGGAGUCUCUGAGGGACUGGUACAAGGGCGGAGACAGAGAUAAGCACGUCCCUAAGUACAUUGUUGGACUGUUCGGUGGUAUAGCUGGAGCUGCCUCGGUGUUCGGCAACACGCCCAUAGAUGUCGUUAAAACACGCAUGCAAGGUCUGGAGGCGGCCAAGUACAAGAACACCAUUGACUGCUUCGUGAAGACCUGGAAGCACGAGGGUCCGCUCGCGUUCUAUAAGGGCACCGUGCCGCGCCUCAGCAGGGUCGUGUUCGACGUGGCCAUCACCUUCACCAUCUACGACAGCAUCAUGGACGUCUUCAACUACGUGUGGAAGUAGGCGUGGUGGUGGCUCUCGCGAAUGUAACGAGGAAACUGCCGAAAUUAACACUAAUCAUACAGACAAUUUUACUGGUGGUAGGACCGGUGAGUCCGCGCGGGUAGGUACCACCACCCCGCCUGUUUCUGCCGUGAAGCAGU